AUGGUCUCGCUUCAGACAGUACAGCAAUCCAAUGCUCGCCUCGCCUCCCUCCCGAAAGGCCUUGUCGCGCUGUUCAUCGGCGCUACAUCGGGGAUUGGCCAGAGCGCCCUGCAACAUUUCGCUCAACAUGCCUCCGCUCCCCGCAUUUACUCUGUUGCCCGCCCGGCCACGGUUGUCUCGCACGAGAGUUUGUUGAACUCACUCCGCCAAUCUAAUCCGACAGGUACUUACAACCUCAUCACGGCCGACGUCUCGCUUGUUUCCGAGAUCGACAAGGUCGUCGACGCGGUCGCACAAAAAGAAACCAAGCUCGAUAUCCUCUUCAUGUCGGCCGGCUUUAUGGCCUUUGAGGGCCGUCGGGAUACACGCGAAGGCCUUGACCCUUCCAUGUCGACGCGGUACUAUUCGCGGCUAUACGCCGUUCAGCGGCUACUUCCCUUGCUUGAUAACGCCGGCGUCUCUAGUCCGCGCGUCGUCAGCGUACUGGCCGGCGGAAUCGAGGGACCGCUUAACGAGCGGGACCUAGACCUACGCGACCCGGCCAAAUGGUCGAUUUGGAACUCGUCGGUGCAUGCUACCACCAUGGGCACGUUGGCCCUCGAGCGGCUUGCGCGCGAGAACCCGCGCCUGAGCAUCGUGCACUGGUAUCCUGGACCCGUGGCUACUCCGGGCCUUGCUAAGGCCGCCCAGUUCGGUAUGUCACCGCCGAAUCCGAUGAGCAUGGAGGAGACGGGUGCACGCGCUUUAUUCCUAGCCACCAACGAUCGGUAUGCCGUCCAGCCAGGGGGUCUUGUGUCAGUGCCGGAGGGGCUUGAGGUCGCCAAGAGAUCAGGCGGGGGAAUCUUUCUGGUUGAUCCGCUGGGGGAGGAAACCAACAAUGAGAGUCUGUUGGCCGACUUGAGAGCUCGAGGAGUAGACGAAGCUGUGUGGAGGUUCACGCAAAGGGUGUUUGCUACUUGCGUUACUCAUGAACGCGACGGAUUGGAAAAAGAACCUAGAAGUUGA